AUGCCGGACACCAAGUUGAUAUUUGAGUUCUUCGACAUACACUUUUGUCUAUCCUACUUCUUCGCACCAUACGAGUCUAUCGCAGACCGCGUGCUGAAUCCCGCAAUAGUGCCGAUCAAUGGCCUAAGUAUGAAGAGCAACAACCAGCUCUCCAACCAAUACAACGAUUUCACCAAAAGCGCUCCAGCCGCCGUCAAAGACCCCAUCAUUGCUGCGAAGACCUCCUUCAUCAACACCUACGACACAUCACAAGUGAUCAACCCCGGCACCCGACUUUCCCCCUUCUCCCUUCCUUCCGCCACAGGCGAGACAGUCGACAGCUCCACGUACCUCUCCAGCCAGACUCCUCUCCUGAUUACCUUCUACCGUGGCUCCUGGUGUCCCUUCUGCUCCCUGGCUCUGAGCGCCCACCAGUCACAUCUGGCCACAUACAAGGCCUACGGGGUCCAAUGUAUCGCCAUUUCUCCCGAGCUGCCCGACACAUCACUUUCAGCGGUUGAAAAGGCAGACUUGAAGUUCCUGGUCCUGUCUGAUGUCGGCAACGCUUACGCACGCCAGCUGGGGAUCGUCUUUAGGCAGAGUGAGAGUCUACGCCAGCCUUUCGAGACUUUGGGCAUCAAUUUAAAGGAGAGGAAUGGAGAUGACUCGUUUGAAGUGCCUGUGCCUCGCUUGGAGCCGGAGACGGCGACGCAGUGGAUCGAGAAGACGGAGAGCGAGGACGGUAAUAUUGCUUAA